GAGGAGGAGAAGCCGACUCCGGAAAGAUAACCGGGGACCGGGUUAAAAAGUAAAAGAGGAAAACGGCGGGGCUCACGCUCGCCCACACUUACUCAAACCGUGUUCUCUCUUCUUUUCCUCUCUUCGGCGCCCCCUCCUCUCUGCCUCCCCCACCUCCAUCGUCAUAUCUGUGUCCUCUUCGGAGCCCCUUCUCCGGUAGAAACCACCUUGGGCAUCGGUUGCUUUGGUCGGUGCUGGAGGCAACGUGGCUAUGGGUCGUGAAAAUUGGGAGAAACUGAUUCAAGCGACGUUGAAGAGGGAGCAGCUGAGAACCGCCGGCCAAGAUCGUGGGACCAAAACCCCAAAUUCCCAAUCAACGGCGUCGUGCAAAGGGAUUCCCCACUGUCUACUUAUUCGUCGAUGGGGUUCACGGGUCUCAUACUGGUCAGAGAAUCAGGUCAUACGAUGCUUUGCAAGGAAGCCUGUCACAACUCAGUUGAUCCCAGCCCUUGGUGUCAUUACCAUCUUCCGAAGCUUCAUCUGGGUCAUCUGGUUCCAUUUAUGUUUACAAAGAAAGUAGAGUUUGUGUUCGGCAGUUAUGAGAGAAAAAAUCAAUCAGUAUAUAGAGAUAUAAUUCAAUUGAUCCUGUAACAAAGAGAAACGGAAGUUUGUAAAUUAGCAUAUACUUUUCAAAUUUUUUGACUGAAGAAAAUGAAGAAUUACGUUAAACCGUUCUGGUUUUAAAAGGUGUUAACGUUGUUGAAAGUGUGUCUAGGUAUUUGCAAGAUGCUUUUAAGGUUCCUCUCAUUAUACAACUCACGGAUGAUGAGAAGUUCUUGUGGAAAAAUCUCAGCAAAGAGGAGAGCCAAUGACUUGCCCGAGAGAAUGCUAAAGAUGUUAUUGCUACAGUUUUUAUAUUGCCGAGACUUUUAUUUUCUGAUUUCUCUGAUUUUGAUUUGUGGGCGGCUGAGUGAGACAUGAGUGCAGCUUUGUCCUGAUGAUAUAUUCUCAAGUAUGCUUUCACGAAUUUAAGAUGUUUUAUCCAAUUUUAUAUCAUCUACGGUUUUAGGAAUUUCAUUGGUAUGAAUCUAUAUAUAUUCUGGAAUCUUGCUGCCAAUGAGGAACUGAUUUUGACCAAAAAAUUGACAAUGCUUAAAUGAUGUUCAAUCAUCUGGGAGCAUCUUGGAAAUUGAAAUGACAACAAAAAGACUGUUGCACUUUCCUCAUCAUUAGUAGUUCUUGACAUCUCAAGUGCAAUUUGCGGUUGGUUGAUCUUUAUGGAAUGUGUAAAGAUGAAAAUCAUAGGUGUAGGAAAUCCAUUUAGUUUAUUAUACAAUUCCUCUGUAUUCAAUUUUUUUCUUUUAGAAAAAGAAUUUGGUUGCUGGAUGAUUAAGCUUGUUCCAUUACAGCCUUUCCUGCUCUGGUUGUCAUGUUGAGCCUCUGAAAGGUUUCAUUUAGCUAUAAUUAUCUUUGUAUUUCCCUUUGAUCUGGUUGUUGGUAUUCUUCAAGUUAUCCACUUGCUAAUUUUGGUGCAAAAGUUUUUCCAUAUCAGCAAAAUUUCCACCGCAAUCUGAUUCUUCUUAAUUUGUCCGGAACACUGAACUUAACGUGUACAAGCAUGUGUGUGUGUGUGUGUCGGGGCAGAAAGCGUGGUAAAAAAGCAAUUUGCGUGUAACAGAUUUAUCCCUCAUGUUAAAAAAUGGAAAAGUUGCUUUUCUAGAUUCCUUUAUGUUUGAUCCUGAUGGAAAUUUGGAAGUUAUUAUGUAGGCUUCAUUUCUUCAUACAGGCUGUUCCGUCAUUUUCCAGUUCAUUCCUCUCCUUUUUGGGGGCAAAGCGAACCUCCGUUGCUUGAUUCCUUGUCCAAAGACCAGGUUUGUUUGUUAUAAAGCAUUUAGGUGCAAGUUAUCAAUUUUAUUGCAAACUGAAUUUUCUUAUAUGACACAAUAUAUUAAUAUCGGAUUAGAUCUACUUUUUUCUUGUAAACUUCUUGUAUUGGAUAUCAUUAUGUUACAGUUACCUUAGGGGUGGCAAUAGCAUUUGGGCAGAGUGAACAAAAUGCAAUAUUUAGUUAUCUACAAUACAAAUAAGCCAGGUCACAGUGAGGGUGGUAUAAGGUAUUAUCUAUAAUUCUUUUGGUAUUUCCGUGCUCCUAGCUAAUAUCAGGUAACAGAUAAUGUGCUUGUGUGCUUAGCGAAGUUCUGAUUCGAUAUUCUCUUUGUACUAUACAUUAUGUACUGUUUUCAAAUCAGUAAAAAUAAAUAUGAACUUUGUUGAUCA